AGCAUUUUUAUUGGGGCGGAUCAGGACCUGGGAUAGAAAAGUGCGCCUGUGGCAUGGACAAAAACUGCACCGACCCCAAGUACGACUGCAACUGUGAUGCAGAUGCCAAACAAUGAUAACUACUGGAAUGCAGCGUCAUUCACCACCCCGUCAUCCUACCUGCAUUUUGCCACCUUUCAGGGAGAGACCAGCGCUGACAUCUCCUUCUACUUCAAGACAAGCGCUCCCUACGGCGUCUUUCUGGAAAACCUGGGCAACACUGACUUUAUCCGCCUGGAGCUCAAGUCCCCCACGGUGGUCUCCUUCUCUUUCGAUGUUGGCAACGGACCUGUGGAGCUGACCGUGCACUCAGCUGCACCCCUCAAUGACGACCAGUGGCACCGCGUGAUGGCCGAGCGCAACAUCAAAGAAGCAGUCCUCCAGGUGGACCAGGUGUACCGGACAUCCCGGCUAGCGCCCGCACAGGGACACACACGGCUAGAGCUGUUCAGCCAGCUCUACGUCGGUGCUGCGGGGGGCCAGCGGGGGUUUCUGGGUUGUAUCCGAGCCUUACGAAUGAAUGGCAUCACCCUCAACCUGGAAGAGAGAGCCAAAGUCACGCCAGGGGUUAUGUCUGGUUGCCAGGGUCACUGCACCAGCUUUGGGAUGUACUGCAGGAAUGGAGGGAAGUGUGUGGAGAGGUAUAACGGGUAUUUAUGUGACUGCACCACCACCGCCUUCAAUGGCCCAUUCUGCACCAAAGAUGUUGGUGGCUUCUUUGAGGCAGGAACACUGGUCAAAUACAACUUCAUGCCUGAACCAGUUCCAGGGGCCAGUAAAGACACAAAAGCCUUGACGCAACAGCUGAUGCCAAACGACGUGAACCUAACAAAGGAAGAAGUGACCCUCAGUUUUAGCACAUCCAGUUCUCCGGCAAUUCUCAUGUACGUGAGCUCCAAGACGCAGGACUACCUGGCUCUGGUGUUGAGAAACAAUGGCUCACUGCAGGUCCGGUAUAACCUCGGCGGUCUGAGGGAGCCGUUUGCAAUAGAUGUGGACCAGCGUAACCUGGCCAACGGACAACCACACAACAUCAACAUGUCCCGUCAGAACAGAAGCAUCUCCGUCCAGCUGGAUCAUUACCCGCCUGUGAACUACAAACUUCCAGAUGCCUCAGACAUUCAAUUCGACCUGGUUAAGACGCUGUUCUUAGGAAAAGUCUACGAAACUGGACCCAUAGACCCCGUCCUCAUCGAGAGAUACAACAGCCCGGGUUUCAUCGGCUGCCUGUCCCGCGUGCAGUUCAACGGAGUCGCGCCCCUCAAGUCUGCUCUGAGAAAAGCCGCAGACGCCCAGGCCGACAGCCACCCUGCGUCUGCCUCUCCUGUGUCCUACCAGGGCAAACUCGUGCAAUCUAACUGCGGGGCUUCGCCUCUCACCAUCCCACCAAUGUCGGCCGCACCGAAUCCCUGGCCUCUGGACAACACCGAUGCAGAGACUCCCCUAAAUGAAGAGCGAGUCAUUCCUGAUGGAGUUAACAGGGACUCGGCCAUCAUUGGAGGGAUCAUCGCAGUGGUGAUCUUCACCAUCCUGUGUACGCUGGUGUUCCUGAUCCGCUACAUGUUCCGUCACAAAGGCACCUACCACACCAACGAGGCCAAGGGCAGCGGGGAGUCGGCCACAGAGUCGGCCGACACGGCCAUCAUCGGCACCGACAACCCAGAAACUAUCGACGAAUCAAAGAAGGAGUGGUUCAUUUAACGGGCUGACGAUGGGACUCGGACAGAGCAGGCAAAAUGCGAGACCAUCGUUGCUCACAGAUGGAGGAAGAUUAAUCACGUGACCGACCACUGGCGAUAAAGAGGAGUGACUGUUCACAAGGACAACAAACUCCCUGAGAAGAUGAGGGUCGUGGGGAAAUUUCUGUUCCAUUCUUUUUUUUUUUUUAAUAUAUCCAGAGUAUUAGAAAAAGAAAAGUCGGACGCUUAUCCUGAGGAGUACAGCUGUAAAAGACUAUACAUGUAUAUACUAACCAGCUUAUCCUUCUUUGUAUCGUGCUUGGGAGUUUUCAGGAGUCCUUUGAAUACUGUGUAUGACAAAUAAUUACACUUACUGGAUGGUGUAAUAGCAAAGAUUUAUUGCCAGUCCUUGUUUGGUUUUGAUUUUAUAUUUAAACAGAAAUCUUAUAUAAGAAAUGAUCAAAUCAACAUGCCAAACAUUUUGUUUGUUUUUUAUCUUUUUCUUUUCUUUUUUUUCCCAUUUUUCAAGCUGUAGUCGCACCAGUCUGUCAACACUCGCAUUCAUCCAGUGGAGCACAUCCUGUAACCUGGUAACAUAAGAGUUUAUCAUGAAUGCCAAAAGUCUCUUUGUAAAUAUAUUUUGUGUCAGUUUUCCUGAAAAGAUUUAUUUAGAGUCCAAAAUGCCAAUGAGAAAUGUCAUAUCUAUAUUACAGUAAUAUAUCUGUCCAUUAUAUUAUAUAUGUGUAAAAUACAGAGUUUUAUGUUUAGGUCUCUCAUGACUUUCGAUUGUACGGGACGCUCCCUCCUGUGGCGGCGCAGAGAGGGGUUUCUCAGAGCUUGAUGGCAAAUUGUGAUUUUUCCACCGAUGGUUUAGCUCAUCAUCAUGGCAGCUUUCUUUGAGUUUAUGAGUGAAACCAAGAGCCUUUACUCAUUCGGACGCGAGCGGUCAGUUUGUUUCUUUGCCAAACACUUUGGUCUUAUUUUCAAAGUUUGCGGAUAUCAUUUGGCGUUGAAGGUUUUCUUUGCAUUCUUUUUCAUGUUAAAUGGAGCCAUUUCUAACGUGUGCAUGUACGCAGUGUGUGUAGGUCAAAUGCUGAACAAAG